UUCUCCAGGCUAACCUCUGGAUGAAAGGAACUGCUGGAGUCAUGAAUGCCUCACACUUUCUCUCUGCUCUCGCUUUCGUUCUCCUCACUGGAGAGAGCAUAGCUUGGUACUAUAAUGCUUCCAAUGAGCUCAUGACAUAUGAUGAAGCCAGUGCGUACUGUCAACGGGACUACACACAUCUGGUGGCGAUUCAGAACAAGGAAGAGAUCAACUACCUAAACUCCAGCCUCAGAUAUUCACCAAAUUAUUACUGGAUUGGAAUCAGAAAAGUCAAUAACGUGUGGAUCUGGGUAGGGACCCAGAAGCCUCUGACGGAGGAAGCUAGGAACUGGGCACCAGGUGAACCAAACAAUAAACAAAGAAAUGAGGACUGUGUAGAGAUCUACAUCCAAAGAUUCAAAGACUCCGGCAUGUGGAAUGAUGAGAGAUGUGACAAAAAGAAACUGGCUCUGUGCUACACAGCUUCAUGUACCAACACAUCCUGCAGUGGUCAUGGAGAAUGUGUAGAGACCAUCAACAGUUACACCUGCAAGUGCCACCCUGGCUUCCUGGGACCCAACUGUGCGCAAGUUGUGACCUGCGAAGCCCAGGAAUACCCUGACCAUAUAAUCCCGAACUGCACCCACCCGUUCGGCCUCUUCCGCUAUAAUUCCUCCUGCUCCUUCAGUUGUAAAAAGGGCUACCUGCCCAGCAGCAUGGCGACCACCAUACAGUGCAUGUCCUCUGGAGAGUGGAGUGCGCCCACUCCAGCCUGCCAUGUGGUUGAAUGUGAAGCUUUGACCCAGCCUGCCCAUGGAGUCAUGAAAUGCUCCUCAAAUCCUGGGAGCUACCCAUGGAACACAACGUGCACGUUUGACUGUAUGGAAGGGUACAGGCGAGUUGGAGUUCAGAAUCUACAGUGCACCUCAUCUGGCAUCUGGGACGAUGAGAUACCAUCGUGCAGAGCUGUGACCUGUGAUGCCAUCCCUCAGCCUCAGAAUGGCUCUGUGAGCUGCAGCAACUCAACUGCUGGAGAACUUGCCUUUAAGUCAAUUUGCAACUUCACCUGUGAGCAAAGUUUCACAUUACAAGGACCAGCCCAAGUUGAAUGCAGCGCACAAGGGCAGUGGACUCCACAAAUCCCAGUGUGCAAAGGUGAGUAAGAAACUGUCUCUUCUAAUGCUUUCAUUUCUAAAAAAAUCUGUCAUCUUCUAUCUUGGCCACUGGUGAUGACAUCAGGUAUCCUCUGGCUACCCUGUGACACCUGCUAUAGCCCAAUGCUUAUAGCUCGGGAUGGCUUCUCUCUUCCAGCUGUGAAAUGUGAUGAUGUCGCUGAGCCCCAGAAUGGUGUCAUGGACUGUGCUCAUGCUUCUACUGGAGAAUUCACCUACAAGUCCGCAUGUGCCUUUCAGUGCAAGGAGGGCUUUAGAUUGCGUGGGUCAGCUCAACUCGAGUGCACAUCCCAGGGAAAGUGGACCCAGGAAGUCCCCUCCUGCCAAGCGGUACAUUGUUCAAGUCUUGAUGUUCCAGGAAAGAUGAACAUGAGCUGCAGCGGGACAGCAGUUUUCGGCACAGUGUGUGAAUUUGCGUGUCCUGAGGGUUGGACACUCAAUGGUUCUGCAGUUCUGACAUGUGGUGCCAUGGGACGCUGGUCUGGGAUGAUGCCUACCUGUGAAGCCCCGGCCAACCCCUCCCAUCCCGUGGUAGUCGCACUUUCUGCAGCAGGAACCUCACUCCUGACGUCAUCUUCAUUGCUCUACUUGUUGAUGAGAUACUUUCGGAAGAAAGCAAGGAAAUUUGUCCCUGCUAGCAGCUGCCAAAGCCUUCAAUCGUUUGGCAACUAUCAAGUGCCUUCUCACAUCGUCUAA